AUGGCUGACGCAGGAGGAGAUGAAGUCCAAGUGGCCCCAGCUGUCGCCCAAGGACCUAUGGAUACCAAUCAGGCUCUUCGCCUUGUUCUUCGUGCCGCCAGUCACGCUGAUGGUCUCGCCAAGGGACUUCACGAGACUUGCAAGGCUUUGGACAAGCGCGAGGCCCACUUCUGCGUUCUUGCCGAGAACUGCGAUGAGCCACAAUACGUGAAGCUCGUCGAGGUCCUCUGCAAUGAGCACGACAUUCCAUUGAUCAAGGUCGCCGACAAGAAGAUCAUUGGAGAGUACUGUGGACUCUGCAAGUACGACAAGGAGGGAAAAGCCCGCAAAGUUGUUGGCUGCUCAUCCGCCGUCGUCAAGAACUGGGGUAACGAGGAAGCCGGACGCGCGGUUCUCCAGGAUGCGAUGCUUCCACGACAUUUCAAAGAUGAUGUGGAACCGAUUCAUUUACUGGGUUUUAACAUAGCCCAUAGGCCGAGAUGGGUUCAAUUUAUUCUACUUUCGGGUGCAAUUUUCAUAUUAUAUGUCGGAUAUGGUUAUAUGCAAGAACUAAUGUUUAAACUGCCCGGAAUGAAGCCAUUCGGUUGGACAUUAACAUUAAUCCAAUUUUUGAUUUAUAGCGGGUGUGGAUAUACGGAGUGUAAAUUAUGGCAUACAACGCAAAGAAUGAUUCCAAUACGAGUUUACAUGAUAAUUGCAUUUUUCACUGUCGCCACAAUGGGAUUAUCAAAUGCUUCUGUUGGUUAUUUGAAUUAUCCGACACAGGUGAUUUUCAAAUGCUGUAAGCUGAUUCCGGUGCUGAUCGGCGGAAUUCUGAUUCAAGGAAAACGAUACGGAUGUCUCGAUUUGUGCGCCGCCGCUCUCAUGAGUCUCGGAAUCAUCAUGUUUACCCUCGCAGACAACAAAGUCGCCCCUAAUUUCGAUUCUCGCGGAUAUAUAAUGAUUUCUGGCGCUCUGCUAGCCGAUGCCGUCAUCGGAAACAUACAGGAAAAGAAUAUGAAGCGAUAUUCUGCGUCUAGCAACGAAAUGGUGCUUUAUUCGUACGGAAUUGGCUCAGUGUUUAUUUUAACAUAUGUGAUUUUAAGCGGAGAGAUUUUCAGCGCAAUUCCGUUCUUUGUCGAGAAUUUCUGGAAAACCUUCGGCUAUGCGUUAAUCUUCUCCUUAUUGGGAUAUUUGGGAGUCAAUGUCGUUCUCACCCAUAUCAAAGUGUUUGGCGCAUUGGUGGCGGUUACCGUAACCACACUGAGAAAAGCGUUAACCAUCAUCCUCUCGUUCAUCGUUUUCUCGAAACCGUUCACAAUCGAAUACCUGUGGGCGGGGCUUGUCGUGCUGUUGGCGAUCUAUCUCAAUCUCUACAGCAAAAAUCGGUCGUCGUGGGACGCGAAACUUCGCGAAAUGUUGGCGAAUCUCGCCGGCUAUCAUUCGAAAGCGGUCUCGUCAACGUCUCGAAGCGACCUUCUAAUGGUCUAA